AUGUCUCAACAACAGCAGACCCCUCUCCUUUGGGUUCCGGCCGAGAUUCGCCUAAACAUCUACAGCUACCUUCUCAAUGACGGCGGAAACCAAUGGCUCUCGGUUCGCAAUCGGCCAGACGCCAGGUACAAACAAUGGGAAGUCGAGGUUGGAAACCAGAGCCCCGUCGUAACAAGACAGUCUACAAAGUAUCACGUUAUAGAACGAACCUCCAUGUUUAGCCGCCGCUGUUUUGAAACGACCUACCAUCUUGCCAGCGACGGUGCCGAAUUCCACACCGCCAUUCUCAGUGUCUGCCGUCUUAUCCACAACGAGACCUCUCAUAUUCUCUAUGGAAAGCAUUUGUUCGAGUUCGGAAAUCAUAUCGAGGCUGUCGUCCCGUUCCUUCAGGACCGAUCACCGCACACGCGGUCUCUCGUCACCGGCAUCUCGGUAUACAAACGAGGACCGCUACCCUGCCUGGAUUGCACUAGCGAUAGGCACGAGUGGUCGUACUUGUGCCGCUACUUGAACGAGUCCAGGUCCGUGAAGAAGUUGCGGCUCGUGGUUGAAGGUGGCAGGCCAGGGAAGCCGUGGGAGGGCGUGCAGGAGCUGAGCGAGGCUGACAUCAGACUGCUGAGUCUCAUUCAGCACGAAAGCCUACAGUGGAUCACGGAACUGUCCCAGGUCAAAGGAAUAGAGGAGCUCGAUGUUGUUUCAGACAUGAAAUAUCUGCCAGUCCCCAAGUCCCCAGGCAUGAUUCUGUAUGCUGCUAUUUCUGCAUCCAUAGAAAAGGGGCUGACGGAUUUCUUUCGCUCGGAGAUGAAUAAUGCUGGCUGA